CGUAGCUGGGCAUUGCAACAAGACCUCGGGCUUAGAUGCAAAGGAUUCGAAUAACAUGUAACUCCAUGCAUCAUGUUUGUCCAAUAGCUCUGUCAGCACUCCAGACUAGUCGGUAUCCGGCAUCGUAGACAUGCGCCCCAUCCCAGGCCAGCAUCAUGAUUACAACUGUGGAGCAGCCACGCCACUCGCCAUAAACAAUCCUCAACCCAAGAAGCAACGACUCAACUCAAAACAGAACGACAGCACAGCGGGAGAAAGCCAGACGAGGUACGAGUCAACCAAUUUCGAAGCUGUGCAGCAAUCAUGCAGUAAAUCGUCUGGAUAUUUAUCAUUCGAGCUGCACAUGCGUGAUGCAGUGUUUAACCGAUACAGCCUUUAGAAUCCGCAAUAAGUACGCAAUUCGUUAGCCUUAACAUGACGCUUCUUUUUCUCGCCUAACGUUUUCUAUACAGUUUCAGAAAUGGUACACGCACCUUUCCCCGUUUCUCGGUAUCGUUGUCCUUACGGAGUUGCGGUCAUGUGGCCUUUUACCUUGUUGUCAAAGAAGGUGACCGUGUUAGAGGAUGGAUCUGGUUACCAGUCUUGGUAUAUCACGUCCAUCAAAAUUGAAGAGAUGAUUAAAUGUAGACCCUCAAUUGAAAACGUGAAGAGAAUCAUUCGCGAGUAGGCCAUCGGUCCUGAAGUACUUCAAGUACUGAAACUCGAUCAUGAUGGUCAAGCAUGGUCAUGCCAAG